CCAGCAACGGCAGAAGGAGGAGGAAGCAGAGCUGGAAGGAUGCAGAACCCGGGUAGUAGCUGACCCUGGGGGGGGAGCCCGGCCAUGGCUUUCCUGGGGGGAGCCCGGCUCCUGGACUGGGCCAGCUCCCCCCGUCAUUUGCAAUUCAACCGCUUCGUGCUAACGGGCUACCGGCCGGUAAGCUCCGGGUCCGGCUGUCUCCGCAGCCUUUUCUACUUGCACAACGAGCUGGGCAACAUCUAUACCCACGGUAUCCCUCUGCUGGGGUUUCUCUUCGUGCUGCCACUGACCAUUCCAUGGGCUCGACUUUCAGAAUCAUGGCUGGGAGUUGUGCACUAUUUGGCUUGCAUUUUUCCACAGCUGGGCAGCGUGCUUUACCAUCUCUUCAUGAAUCAUGAGGGAGGCCCUGCUGUUUAUCAUACCUUGCUCACCCUGGAUAUGUGUGGGGUAUGCAUGGUCAACACUUUGGGUGCUCUACCAAUCAUCUACUGCACGCUGGCCUGCUCCCCACUUCUUCGUUCUAUUGCCCUGCUGGCCUACACAGGCUUGUCAAGCUAUGGUAUCUUUUGUGCAGUGACUGCUCGUUCCAGUGUCCGGCGCUUACGAGCCUUUGCCUGGCAGGCUCUCUUCCGCUUCUUCUUCUUCUAUUUGCGGUGGGUGGGAUUAGGCACUGGCAAUCCCGCCUCUCUGCAUUCAUACCUCAUUAUGGACGGUCUGGCCUUUCUUGGGGGCGUCAUCAACAUCUCGCGAGUGCCUGAGCGCUGGAAGCCAGGCUGUUUUGACUAUUGGUUCAACAGCCAUCAGAUUAUGCACGUGCUGGUGGUGGUCAGUAUACUCUAUCUUCACUGGGGAGUAGUGGCUGAUCUUCAUUGGAUUGCCAACUAUGCCUGUCCAAAGGAAUGACCACAUCAUGUUUGAAUUCACCCCUUCCACAGAAAAUCUGCUGACUGAGAAGUGGGUGACAUAUAAGGUGUGAACCACUGUUCUCAUUGUUCAAGAUCUUCUACAAGGGCUGAAGUACAUAAGAAAGGACAUCUUCUGGAUGUGAUUUAUUUAAGAGGCUGCAUUUUUUUCCCUGUGGGGUUAAUACAGUAGUUUCCUAUUGGCUGAUUAUUCAUGGAUCAACUUGUCUAGGAUUUGUAUACUUCUGAGUCUAAAGUAAUGAAUUUCCACCACUUGAGGUUCUUAGAUCAGUUUGUGCAGCUCAACUAUUCUUCCAAAUUGCAAGAGGCAAACAUAAUUUGGUUAAAAACAAUCUUGAUCAUUAAUAAGAUAGAAUCAGAGAAAUAAUCCACUGUACUAGCGAAGAUUCCCAUCCCAUCCCAUCCCCAACUCUUAACUUUUAUUUGCUGUAGUACUUUUUGUCAUCAGAGCUGUUCUUCAGGUAGCUUUGAUGAUAGUAGGAAAAAUCUGAUUAGUUGCUUCUCUGUUUUUAAUUUGCAUUGAAAAUGAAACGGGCACUGGGAAAAGAGAGAUGUUCUUAGUAGAAGAUGUUGGAGCUGAGUGCAACUUCUCUGCUUUUUAGAGGCAGUUACUUAAAUACUUUUUAUCCAGGUGUCUUUCAGACACCAUGCAAUACUUUCUGAUUUUUAAAAGGGCUUGUCAGACACCAGAAUAUUAAACUCUGCUGCAUAGUUUAGUUUUUCUUUACUUGCCAGAAGGAUAAUCAGGAGCCUUGAAACUGGAUUUGGGUUGAAGUUGAAGAGUCCUGAUUUCAAUUCCUGGCUAAUGUCAUCAAAUUUAGGGCCAUGACUCUUUUGCAGCAUACCUCAGUUUCUUAUCUCUCUUUUGGCAGAGUAUACAAUGUUUAUGGUCAGAUUGGAAUUCUUUUUUCUGCUACCACAUUCCAAUUUUACCUUGACCAGAGCAAUGCUUUUCAAAGCUUUAUAGUUUUGUAUGAAUUUGGAAGAACUCUUUCUACUCCAUUGAUAUGGCUGCUGCAAUUGCAGUAAUCAAUAAUGGGCAAGCGCUGCUAUCUUUUCCCCUUUGUUACUGUCCUGACUGGUCCAUUAACUACAGUUUCUAGAUUUUGGUUCCCUUCUUUCAGUAGCUUCUUGAAUUGGUCCAUUCUGAACCAAUUUUGCUUUUUAAUUUGAUUUGUUUUUGAUACAAAUAGAAUCCUGAGAUUGAUUCUUCCUCUGAAGAAUUAAAAUUUUAACUUUUGUUCCAUGGUCAGAAUUUUGGGGGGGGGGUACUUUUUGAGAACAUAAUCAGAAGUGGCAAGUUGAGGAUCAAAACAGCAUUCUAGCAUUCUAGCAAAUAUUUUACAAUCCCUUUGAAAUCUUCUCUUGUCUUAAAAUUAGGAACUGGGAGAGCUAGCAUUUCUUUUAGGUGCCUAAAUUUAGCUCAUAGUCCUUAGCCGCUGAAUUAGAUCCUGAUGCAUGUAAGAUUAUUGUCUAAAUAGGGGUAAAGUAUGAGAGAUCUUACAGGUCCUGAUGAUCUUCCACAUCUGAACACUCAAAUAAUUGUGCAUAAUGCUACUUUUAAUGUAAAAUCGGUUUUCAAGUGGAAUUUGUUUUAGUAUUUUAUGGCAGAUCUUAAAAUCAGUUUUUUUGGUUUAGCCUCAAAAUACACCUAAAUCAAGCAACCCAUUCAAUAUUUGGAAGCCCUUUAUAUUUUGCAUUUAUGUAGAUCCCUGUAAUUUGGCUUUUAAAAAGCUAUGUGUAGAGGUUCUACUUGAAAUGGGGGAAUUCUCUAUUUUCUAUGCAGCACAAGUUACUUCAUAUUGUUUUAGUCAGCGAGGCACAGAAUAUUUAAGAAAAUGGUUAAAGUAUUUUAUGUGACCUUUACUAAAAACUAGUUUUCAAUGUAUAGUAAGCCAACCCACUUGGAUUUUAGUUUGAUUUAUGGUCAAAUAAGAAAAAAAAAUCUACUUGUAUCUUUCUAAGAAUAUAAAUGGCAAUGGAAACUCCUUUCUCCAAUGAAAGAAAUUUGGAAAGGGAAGAGGAUGAUAUUGUGACUAACAUAUCAGCUAAAAUAAAUCAUUUCUGCUUCCUUUAAAGAUCAAAAUUGUCCUCCUGCAGCACCUGUAAAUCCACCUUGUUAAAACCAGCCAGACUGAAAAACAACCAUGUAGAUGUGGAGACCAAUUUUGAUUUUUAAAAGAAUCAGGAAAAAAAACCCCUAAUAUUAAUCUAUACAAUAUGUUAGUUUGGAUGUAUCCUCUUUCAAAAACGUAACUAGGAUAAAAUAUGAAAGUGUCUGAUGUAACUUAACAAGCUGAAAAGUGAGUCAAACAAAUCCUUGAAGGAAUAGAGUGAAGGUUAAAUAAUUUCUUUGUUCUAGAUUGCAAGUAGAUCUGUGUUAUGAAAAGGGAAACAUUGACCUAAACCUUCUGUGUUAGAAUGUGAAUUUUGUGUCAUACAACUACAUUUUGGAAGUGGGUUUAAUCUGCUGCUAACCAAGUCUUGUCUCUUGUUAUCUCAGGUUAGAUGGACAUUGCUGAUGUUCACAGCUUCUGAACUUGAAGCGUCACAUAUCUUUAAAAUAAAAGAGCAAGGCACCACAUCCAAAAAA